AGCAAUUUCAUGUAACACGUGGCGAACGUUGAUGACGACGUUACCACGGUUACCAAGAAUUUCCGAUGUGACCGCUGAUCCUCCGGUUCAAAUAAAAGCCAUAUAGUUUGCCAACGUCCUACUAACAAUUUUGAUAAAGUGGAUCUGAAAUGGACAUCAAUGAUGUAGUAGUCCAGAAGCUUCACACAUAGUAUAGAACUGUGUUCUUCUCUAUCAGAGUAAUAGCUGGUGAUCAAGAGGUGAAUGAAGACACUGGAGCCAGAGCCAAGAUGGCAGCCAUGGCAAGAAACAUCUCCAAGGACUGGACCUACCUCUAUGAGAGGCUCUUCUCCAAGCUGUCCGAUGAGGGCUUCCACGACAUGUGGAGCAUUGGUGGCUUCCUCGUCGUAUUCAUCUUCUGCACCAUCGUCAUCACCCUGACUCUAGCUGUCAUAUUCAGCUGGUGCUGUGGCUGGUGCUUCGAACAGCCGAUCCUGGGGUCCAGCAAGAUCAGCGUGCUGCUCUCGCCACCAGAACUGUCCAGACAGAAGUCUAUGCAGACACAGGCACCCAGUUUAUCGAAUCAGAGCCUGUCCAGACAGAAGUCUAUGCAGACACAGACACCCAGUUUAUCGAAUCAGAGCCUGUCCAGACGGAUAUCCACCUCGAGGUCUGUGAUGGAUCCAAAGCAUCCCAUAGAGUCCGUUUGGAGUCCUGAGUCUGUGCCCGAUGUGCAAAAGACUGAGAAAAGCAGCAAGAACAAGAAGCUUAAAGCUGGAUCUGCGAAAGUAAAGAGUAAAAUCCAACCUGCAUCCAGGAUUGUGAGGAACAGAGAUGUACCAGUAUAGCUUCGGGCUACCAGACCAAAUCUGCUUUUGUACCUAUGUGUCUGACGGACCUCUGUGACAGCCUCAUUAGAUGUUUCAAGUAAAGCCUUUCAAUUU